ACUCAAGACCCGGACGUGCUUUUGGGCCGCUGUGAUGUUGUUGGACAUUUGGGGGCUUUUCCUUUAAACGCGCAGAAUUAGUCAGCGUUUUUUGUUCUUUUGGUCUUUUUGGAAGAGUCUUUGAGUACUCGAAGAGUUUUUGUGCGAGCUGCUUGGUGGGCCCCGACACCGGCAUGAGCAACAACAGCCACCCCCUGCGGCCGCCGGCUUCGGUGUCGGAGAUCGACCACAUCCACCUGCUGUCAGAGCAGCUGGGCACGCUGGCGAUGGGUGAGGACUACAGCGACGUUACCUUCAUCGUGGAGGGCAAGCGCUUCCCCGCGCAUCGCGUCAUCCUGGCUGCGCGCUGCCACUACUUCAGGGCGCUGUUGUACGGUGGCAUGAAGGAGUCCCAGCCGCAGGCGGAGGUGAGCCUGGAGGAGACGCGGGCAGAGGCCUUCUCCAUGCUGCUGCGCUACUUGUACACGGGCCGCGCCAGUCUCAGCUCGGCCCGCGAGGAGGUGCUGCUGGACUUCCUGGGCCUGGCCCACCGCUACGGCCUGCAGCCGCUGGAGGACUCCACCUCUGACUUCCUGCGCACCGUCCUGCACACGGGCAACGUGUGCCUGGUCUUCGACGUGGCCAGCCUGUACUCGCUGAGCGCGCUGGGCGCCGCCUGCUGCUCCUACAUGGACAAGCACGCUCCCGACGUGCUCAACUCGGACGGCUUCCUGGCGCUCUCCAAGACGGCGCUGCUGACGGUGGUGCGGCGCGACUCGUUCGCCGCCAGCGAGCGGGAGAUCUUCCAGGCGCUGUGCCGCUGGUGCCGGCAGCGCAGCGAGAGCGGCGAGACGCAGGAGGUGAUGGCGGCCGUGCGGCUGCCGCUCAUGACGCUGACGGAAAUGCUGAACGUGGUGCGGCCUUCGGGCCUGCUCAGCCCCGACCACCUGCUGGACGCCAUCAAGCUGCGCUCGGAGAGCCGCAACAUGGACCUCAACUUUCGUGGCAUGCUCAUACCAGAGGAGAACAUCGCAACCAUGAAGCACGGCGCUCAGGUGACCAAAGGCGAGCUGAAGUCGGCGCUGCUGGACGGGGACACUCAGAACUACGACCUGGAUCACGGCUUCUCCAGGCACCCCAUCGAGGAGGACGGCCGGGCCGGCAUCCAGGUCAAACUGGGACAGCCGUCCAUCAUCAACCACGUGCGACUGCUGCUGUGGGACAGAGAUAGCCGCUCGUAUUCUUACUACGUCGAAGUUUCCAUGGACGAGCUGGACUGGGUUCGCGUGGUGGACCAUUCCAAGUUUUUGUGCCGCUCCUGGCAGAAUCUCUUCUUCACACCCAGAGUGUGCAGGUACGUUCGCAUUGUGGGAACGCACAACACGGUCAACAAGGUCUUCCAUCUGGUGGCUUUUGAGUGCAUGUUCACCAACCGCACCUUCACCCUGGAGCAAGGACUGCUGGUGCCCAGCGAGAACGUGGCCACGGUGGCGGAUAAAUGGAUGGGCUUAUUUAUUAGAGUGAGCCCCCGUUGUAUGCGGGGUCACACCUUCCACACCUGCCUGCAAGAGAAACCAAUUUCUGUCGGUCAUGCUCACUUUUUUGACGUUGUGCGCAGGCUCCUGCUGUGGGACUGCGACGAGCGCUCAUACAGUUACUACAUCGAGGUCUCUACCAAUCAGCAGCAGUGGACCAAGGUGGUGGACCGCACUCGAGUGACGUGUCGGUCCUGGCAGAGCCUCAAGUUCGACAAGCAGCCGGCUUCUUUCAUCCGCAUCGUGGGCACGCACAACACCGCCAACGAGGUCUUCCACUGCGUCCACUUUGAGUGUCCGGCCCAGUUGGACACAGAUGUGAAAGAAAGCGGAUCGGGCCCAGAUGGCUCGGAUUCAGCCCCUUCCUCCUCGCAGCCGCCGCGACCUCAACGGCCGUCGCGCGCGCACCGCCUACAAGCCUCUGUCAUCGUGCAGUAG